CUUUCAAGGAGGAUGUGGAGCGACAGCUAGUUCCUACGAAGAUCCGAGCUUGUUUGCAGACGACAAUCUCCCGACUCCGAAAUCCGAUGAGGCCGAAAUGUGGUCGAUAGGGAUGACCCGUUUAAAGAUUUUCCAGUCUGUGAAGGGGUAUCUGGGGAAAAUGCUACAGCAAUGUGUCGGGAGCUGGAUAGACUUUCCACACGAUGAGAAGUGCGUCGCGACCUUGAAGAAAUGGCCAGCGCAAUAUUAUGAAAAAAAAUUGCUAUCCCUAUCCAAUCACAGAAAAUUGCAAUUCCUGGAUUUUGAAUAAUCAAACUCAGCAAGUUGCGAUCUGUCAGCCUCUCAUCAGCACCUGCGCGAGGCUGCAAAGCAUCGCGCCAGAAUCCCACAUGUGCUCGGAGCAAGGGCAGCAACCUGUUCCUGGAGUCUCUCCUUCAUGUUGUAAGCCAGCGCACCCUUUGAAAGAAUCGCCUCAGUUUCGAUUUGUUCAAAGCAUUGCACGCACGAUGCAUGGCAUCCUAGAUAAACUCGCCCAAAUACCUUCCCGCCUUGGCUACUCGUACAUACUAGCCCGGUCCCUACUGUAGCCUACACACCCGUCAGUAUCAUACUACAGCUGGCGUCUUGAUUUCGAUCGGAUUGAUUGCCCCAUGUUUUGUUUAACUACUACUAAUGCAACGAUGUUACUUUAAGUUAACGUCGACGGUGACGUCUCUAACCAAGCGAUAACUCGUGGCACGCCAAAACGAAGAAACAAGACGCCUAUAGAACCAGUAAAUUUUGGUGUCCUGAUUUUCAUUGGUAUAAUUUGUUGGGAGACCCUCAUGAAGGUCCAAAAUACGUAGUCCUAGGCGAAAAAUCUAGGGCGCUCACAAUGUGG